AUGGCAGACCUGGCCGGAAGCGGAGCAAAUGCCUUCAGCUUUGAGCGCUGGGUCGCUGUUGAGUUGCCAGGACAAACCGAGGAGGCUCAGGAGGAAGCAGUCUUUCGUGAAGUGGUCCACUUCGCCCCGGACCCUUUGCCAGUUAGAUACUAUGACCAGGACACCACCAAGCCCAUCAGCUUUUACUUGUCGUCACUGGAGGAGCUCUUGGCGUGGACGCCCGGCGCGGAGGACGGCUUCAGCGUGGCCUUGGUGCCCGCCCAGGACCGGCAGCCCCCUCUGAGCAGCCGGCGGCCCCGGACCCUGCUCUGCCAUGACAUGAUGGGCGGGUACCUGGACGACAGGUUCAUUCAGGGCUCAGGGGUCCGGAGCCCCUACACCUUCUACCACUGGCAGUACAUCGACAUCUUCGUGUACUUCAGCCACCACCUGGUCACCAUCCCCCCGGUGGGCUGGACCAACGCCGCGCACAGGCACGGGGUCCGCGUGCUGGGCACUUUCAUCACCGAGUGGAAAGAGGGGGGGCAGCUGUGCGAAGCCUUCCUGGCCGGGGGCGACCUCUCUAUAAAUAUAAGCAUGUUAACUAUAUUUUAAAUGUAAUAUUUAAUGUUUUUCAGAAUUACAUCUUUUGACUAUACAAUAAGUUAUUUCAACUCCUCAUUACCGGCCGCCGUGGGGAACACGCCGCGCUUCCUGCGGUACCUGACCACUCAGCUCCACCAGCAGGUCCCGGGGGGCCUGGUGCUCUGGUACGACAGCGUGGUGAGCAGCGGGCAGCUCACGUGGCAGGACGAGCUGAACGAAAAAAACAGGGUUUUCUUCGACUCCUGUGACGGCAUCUUCACCAACUAUAACUGGGGGGAGGAGCACCUGGUGCGCAUGCGGCGCCCGGCCGGGGAGCGCCUGGCUGACGUCUACGUGGGAGUGGACGUGUUCGCCCGGGGGAAUGUCGUGGGCGGCCGAUUUGACACCAACAAGUCGCUGGAGCUGAUCCGGAAGCACGGGCUCUCGGUGGCCCUGUUCGCGCCCGGCUGGGUGUACGAGUGUUUGGAGAAGACGGAGUUCUUCCAGAACCAGGACAAGUUCUGGAGUUUGCUGACUCGCUACCUGCCCACCCACAGCAUCUGCUCCCUGCCCUUCGUCACCUCCUUCUGCCUGGGCAUGGGCACCCGCAGGGUCUGCUACGGCCAGGAGGAGGCGGUGGGGCCCUGGUACCACCCGGGUGCCCAGGAGCCGCAGCCCCUGUUUGGGGAGCACAGGCUGGAGGGGCCCGGGGAGGGCUGGGUGAGGAUGCACAGCUGCCUGGCUGACGCCUGGAACGGGGGCAGCUCCCUGCUCAUCCGGGGGAGGAUCCCGCCCGAGGUGGGACACGUGGCUGUGAGGUUGUUCUCCCUGCAGGUCCCGGUGCCCCCCAAGCUCUUCCUGUCCCUGGUGUAUAAGCUGGAGGGGACGUCGGAGGUCAGAGUGGCUCUGGAGCUCACCACAGGGGACGCGGGCAGCUGCUCUAUCGGGGGCGUCUCGGCGUUGAAUGAAACCAGCUCCAGGCACAGACCCCGACCCCUGCGGGGGCCCCCCACCAAGCUGGCCAGGUGGCAGCUGGGCGCCCGGGCCGCCGUGGCUGUGGCCGCCGUGACCCGUGUCUCAUUGGCCUCCAGCUGCUACGAGCUGAGCCUGCGCAGCUGCUUCCUGCAGGACCUCUUCGUCAGCUUCUCCCGGGCUCCGGGCAGCCGGGAGGAGGAGGACUUCGUCUGUCGCCUCGGGGAGAUCCAGGUGGUGGAUGCCGAAAGCCUGCUGAGCCCUCUGCCCCAGGUGCAGGCCCUCUCCGUGUCCAGGGUCGGCUGGCAGCGGGCGGCCCCGGAAAGCACGGGCCCCCCGACCAGGCUCCGGCUCAGCUGUACCCUGCACUGGUCCUACCCGCUGCCCCACGCCCGCUGCUUCCGGAUCCACUGUCGCCCAGGGGCCGGCGGUGGCCCUCCCGGCACCGGGCCCCUGGGGCCGGAGAAGCCCACGCUCUUGGGCCUGGCUUUUGCCAACCAGUACCGUGUCGUGGACCUGGCGGUGGCUGAGGCCCAGCCCGGCCAGGACGGCCGCGUGGAGUUCCUGGUGGAGCCGGUUCCCAUGGAGGGGUUCCUGGUGCCGCAGGCCGAGUGGGGCCGGGCGGCCCUGCUGUACUCCGUGCCCAGCACAUGAGCGGACACUGAAGCCGGAAGCCGGCCCCCCCGCACAGCCGGGGCUCCUUGUACGCGGGGCCGUGGGCUGUGCAGACAGCGGCCCAGGACCUGGGGCCCAUGGCUUUCCGGGUGGGCCUUGGUGGCAGGAACACCGAGGAGUCGGUGUUCUGGGUGCUGAUUCCCUGAGGUGCCUGGACCCCGCCUUUGUGCAGUCUCUCUCCGCAGUACACAGUUCCCGGGGAAAGUGGGAGGAGUUGGGAAAGUCGAGUCCAGAAAAUUCCAUAAAGGGCGUUUCCUAACAGGCUG